AUGGACAUGGAAGCAAUGAUUCAGCGAAGCCAAGAGGGGGUUUUGUUACCUGAAUGUUGUAUCUACAAGGUGCCUCAUAUGAUACGCGAUCAACAUGGAAGCGCUUAUACUCCAAAAUUUAUUUCAAUUGGCCCCUUUCAUUAUGGUGAUGAGAGAUUGGAAGAUAUGGAGAGGCACAAAGAAAUCUUCUUUGCAAGAUUUAUCCGUAAAUCUAAGAAAAGCUUGAGUGAUUUGGUUAAUUAUGCCCAAUCUUCAGUGCAACAAGUUCGUGAUUCUUACUCAGAGGACAUCGCCUUCGAGGACAAGGAUCUUAUGAAGAUGAUAUUACGGGAUGCAGCUUUUAUUAUUGGACUCUUCUGCGGGUUCAUUAGCGAAGACAAGGAAUUAUUAAAAGAUGCUAAACUGUCACAACUAUGGGUGAGGGCAAAUAUUGCUCAAGAUUUGCUUUUACUUGAGAAUCAACUUCCUUUCUUUUUUAUUGAGAAUCUAUACAACAAAGCAGAUCCCUGUAACCUCGGCGGUUACCAUCCUUCAUUUCGCGAGCUCACGUACAUGUACUUUAGCUUUUAUAACAUUCAAAAUUUAAAGCCUGAUCCUAAUGUGGGAAUAGCACACUUCACAGAUCUUCUCAGGAUUUUCCAUUUGCAAGAACAGAAGCCUCAAAGGAAAUUAUUCCAUGCAUCUAGUGAUAUUCUUUUAUAUAGUGCACACAAGUUGAAAGAUGCAGGAGUAAAGUUGAAGGCUGGCAGAAGCAAGUGCAUAUUAGACUUGAAGCUUUCAAGGAAUAAUCAUGUUCUUCAGGUUCCAGAGAUUACAGUGGAUAUGGGGACUGAAAUUUUGUUUCUCAAUAUGAUUGCUUUAGAACAGUUCCGUUAUCCUUAUGAUACUUACAUUACUGACUACGUUGGUGUGCUGGAUUGCCUGAUCGAUACAGAUAGAGAUGUUGAUGUCUUGAUUCAUCAGAAAAUAAUCCGCAACCAUCUUGGUGAUAGCAGGAGUGUUGCUGAAUUAUUUAACAGCUUGUGGAAAAAUACUGUUCCGAUGACUUUCAGCUCUGGAUAUUUGGAUCUCUGCAAAAGAUUGAAUGACUUUUAUCAAGAUCCUUGGCGCAAGAAAAAAGUAGCUUUGAAAAGGGAUUAUUGCAAGACAGCGUGGCAAACUACGGCAUCAAUUGCUGGUGUCAUACUCAUCAUUCUCACCUUUAUUCAAACCAUCUUUUCCAUCCUCCAAGUUGUAUUGAACAAGUAG